CAUAAUGUGAGUCAGUGCCUGACAGCCAGUGACACAAUAAGGGCGCGUGUAUUCGCAGAAGCGGAUAUGACUACACUUUGAGGAGGGAUUUCUCGAGAAGCCCAUUCGUGUUCAGUGAGCUAGGGUGGUGUCGACCUUUCACUCAGUCAGCGCCGGACGCAGCAACGAACAGGUCGCAGAGACCACCACGAGAAGAGAAGCGGUCAGGUUACCGUGGGCCUUUUCUCUCUACUUCGGGAGACGUUGUAGCAGGGGCCGUAAGAAGAUCUCUACGACCCCGGCGUACAAUGCUUGACUCUCUCACCAUAGCUACCAGUACUACCGACGUAGAAACGACAGGAACGACCAAGAUGACUGUAGGCUCAGCGCCCAAUGGUGUUCUCGUCGCCAAAAGGAGAAGUAGCUACUUUGACCUACGGCGGCUAGCCAACACUAUAGCAACACUGGAGGCCUGUGGAUGGUAUUGGGGCGCACUGACGGCUGGACAAUCCAAGGCCGUACUCAGGACUAAAGAAGACGGUGCAUUCCUGGUCCGGGACAGCGAGAACUCGGCUCAUCUCUUCAGCUUGAGUGUCAAAACUCCCCGGGGACCGACCAGUGUCAGGAUACACUACACCGAGGACGGGAAAUUCAGACUAGACUCGGACAAAAAAUCCGACACGCCAGAAUUCGACUGCGUGGUGAAAUUAGUGGACUACUAUGUGAAGCAGUCGGAGGAGGAAAACGCGCAACAUUUCUGGUUGGAGCCGAACGGGAGACGCGAGGUACCGGUCAAACUGGCCCGGCCGCUCAGAGGGAAGGUCCCCCCGCUGCAACACCUGUGCCGUACGGUGAUUCACAAGCAGACUUCCGAGGGAGAACAGGACAAACUUCCGCUACCGAAACCCCUCAAGAGCUUCCUGGCGGAGUACCCUUAUCGACUGUGAUAGAUUAUCGUGUGAACACUAUGGACUUUGCCACUCAAGUAUGAAAGGACUACUUUCAGAGACAAAUAUAUUUUUGUACAUAAUAAUAGUGGUCAGAAACGAUGGCCGAAUCUCGCCAGAACUGCUGCUAUACCAGAACAGUAUGUUGCAAGUGCCAAGUAGCAAAGGUAAUGUCUUAGUUUCUGACUUAAAUUGUGUCCACUGUUGUUUGUAAGCAGAAAGCACUAAACAUGUGUAACGUUAGUUGGCAUAGAGCCAGACUUGCCUAACUGGGUUAUCCCAAAGACGUCACUGCCAUUCCAGUGAGAAGGAAUAACGUACAAACGUGCCGUAGUAUGUAAAUGUGAUGUAACUAGCACCCUUCUACUUGACUUCAAGUUCUCCAGACAAGUCAAAGACACCGGGGAUACCUGUCUGUCUUAGACUGGACAUAUGACGUAUGAGUCAUGUCUGUGACGUCAUCUUGUAGUCAAGUGGAAACAGAUCGGAAAUGAACACGCCUUGGCCUUACACAGAAAGAACUGAUUGUACAUUAGCCACCAAACUAGACUUCCGCUAAAGCGUGGCAGCAAGAGACACAACGUUUGUGAAAGUGCAAUUUAUAUUCUAAAUACUCUGUAGAAAUGUCGACUGUUUGCAUAGGGUACUCAGUAUAUGUCUGUUUUACAGUCAUAGAAUGACCUGUCGACGGUUUUGGAACCGUUGCAUUUGUAUCGUAAGUUUUGUAACACUUGAUUGUUCAUGUACAUUCCGGCAUGUCUUAGUGUAUACACACGACCAAGGCAAACUAUUCUCACUGUCUAGGUGCGUAAGAUAACAAAUGUACACUGUGUACUCAGGACAAAGAUUAGAUGAUCUUAUAUUUAUAAAAGAGGCGCUCCUAUGAGAACAAAUGUGAAAACUUUAUAUCUAUAACAGAGGCGCCCCUAUGAGAACAAAUAUGGAACCUUGUUGCAGAGAAUAUUUAUGUGAUAUGUAUAUGACAUUGGCAUUGCUGCAGACAUGGGUCGUACAUGUAUGUGAUGGCUUGCUGCUCCAAGGCCAAGGGAAAAUGAAAGAA